AUGAUCGCCUGUGACGAUGAAGGCCGCCGCUUCGUCUGGCGCAUCUCAAAGUUCUCCACCUUCAAGACCGGCUCGACGCUCGACAGCGACAACAUUGUCUGCUUCACCAAUGCGAAGUUCCACUUCCACAUGACGCUCGGUUUGGGCGGCGACAUCGGGCUGUAUCUGCACUACAAGGCCUCCGGCAUCCCCAAGUAUUCGUACUACUUCGCCAACAGUCAGGGCGUGUUGAUGCGGCAGCACACGGCGCACACAAUCCCGCCCAACACGGAGCGCUGUGGCCACUGGAACGCGUGCUACCGCCCAGACAUGCUUGAGUUCCUCGGCAAAGACGACGAGCUGUCGGUGCACUUCUGCUUCGAUGACGACAGUCUCGUGAUGUCGAACAUGGCGCAGAAUAACACGGUGGUAGUCAACUGGACGGUGCCGCGGCUGUUCAGCCAGAUGCUAAACCCGUACUCCUCGCGUGGCUUCGUGGUCGACCGCAACCUUCUUCUUGUGCGGCUCGAGGUGAAGAAGGAGUCGGGUGCCGCCGAUGCCGUGGCACUGUACGACACGAACGUCAUCAAGGAGCUUGUCUUCUUCAUCUUCUGCCGCAAGGGUGAGACCCCCCCACACAGCAUUGAGCUGAUGAGCGCCAGCGGCGUGAGCAUCAGGAAGCUAGAGUGGCGUGAGGAGAGCGGCACGCGCACGCUGACGGUGUCAAAGGACGAUGUGAUGAACGUGCUCGGGAGUGAGGGGGCGCUGCAGGUGCGGGUGGAGAUGCAGGCCGGCGGCAACCCGCUCGACGCACUCAACGCGCUCAGCGGGGCUCAACAGCAGCAGCACCAGAAGGGGGACAACGGGCUCGAAGAGCCGCCCCGCACAGUGCAGAUCGGCGAUAAGAAGGAGGAGUACGUCGUGAUAAACGGAGACGACUAG